GCUUGCAAGUCAUUUACCAACCCACUUCGUGUGCCGGCGUACGUGCGUGUUUCGAUCGCGACUGUGAACUUUCGUGUUCGGAACUGCGUUUUCGAUCGUGUGGUGCACAGAGGCACAGUCUCCAACGUGCGCUGAGCAUCGCCAAGCGUCGGAUUACCGGUUCAUCGCUGCCGUGAGUGUCACCCAACGGAUUAAAUGACCAUGAAGGCGCAAAACGAGCAGCAGCAAGCGAUCAGCCGGUGCCUCGCCAAGGUGGCCGAAGGCCGCGUUGGCCGCAAUGGCCGCAAGGAGCGCGACCUGAAUCAGGAAGAAAUGCACUCGCUGCUCGCCAAGCUCAAGGAGCUGGUGCCCAACAUGCCGCGCAACAAGAAGCUCAGCAAGCUGGAGAUCAUCCAGAAUGUGAUCGACUACAUCCUCGACCUGCAGAUCGCCCUCGAGACGCACCCCGCGAACCGCUCCUCGUCGCAUCCGGCGGGAUCUAGCACGAGUCCGGCGCGGCAACCCCUCGGCGCUCUACCCCCUUCUGCGAACGCCGUGGCGAACACUUGCUCCGCGCAGGAGGUGACCCACACAGACAAGAUACCGAGUCACCUCGUCGACCUGAUGUCCGCGGUGGUACCGCCGUCGCGCCCGGUCUCGUGCUAGGACUUGUGAGACACUUGGACGAGUGGGGACUGUCUCGUGCAUUGUUUGUGUUCUGUUUUGCGUAAAUAUCCCUGGGCGCCGUUCGACUCCGAAAGACGCACCCUCACCUACUGCCCCGGGUCCCACGACUAGUCGUUUGUUGUCCACUAGCGCACGCCCGGAGAGGACGUGAUGGCGUAGCUCGUUCUCGGCAGUCCAGGUUCGAUCGCGUGCCCCGUCGCUGUCGGAAGCCAUCCUGUACAGACCAAUACAUAUAAAGCUCCACCCCCUGGAACAGCAGCGCCUGAUCCUGCUGCAGGCCGCAGAGCAAGGCUUGUGGCAUCUACGCGGAAGCCGUCAUGCUGUUGUCCCCAGCUGCCUGCAGAAUUCCCGUCUUGUCUCCUGUAAGGUGCUUUGUGUCAGCGUUCCAGCAUGCUCUCACGAGCUCCUGAGGUCCCGUGAGAUGCUGCUGGGCAGUUUCGCUCAUGCCACCAGUCUCGUCUUGCCAGCACCUCCGCAUCUAGCCGGAAGUGGACCUCCAGCGUGAACACUAUGGACCAGCGCAGUAUUACAAUUAGAAACUGUGUUCUCUUGCCCAUGUACGAUGUCACAAAUUGCGAAAUAAGGUGGCGGAUGUCGUCGUCCUACCAAAUGUAGAAAAGCCAGAAUGCAGCAAGUCCUUGCUCAUUUGCUGAUCAUGUGCAAUCAAAUGUAGCUUUUUUUUUUUCUUUGUAGGCGUGCGUGUCGGAGUGAAUAGUGUGCGAGCUGUGUGUUGGUGGUUUAUACCUAUCUCUGUGGCAUCUUGUUUGAAUAGCAUUUUUUGGGGAUCUCCGGUUAUUAUUUAUAACAUUACUUUUCUCACAUUUUAUCAGUACAAACACAGAUUCAAAUGACAUAAAAAACAUCAUGCGAGGUAGGCGACUGGCUUUGGGUCUGAUGCUGUAAGCGCAGCUUCUAGAGCUAGUCCGAUGGCGUUCAAGAUAUGCUCAAUUGGCCCUGCAAUUUGUAAUAUUUUGUUGUCAGUUGCCAUUUUAAGUUGACUUGUCUUCGUUGCCGCUGGUAUAUCUGAUCGAGUCGGCUGCAACUGAAAAUUCCUGUCGCAUGCACCACAGAUCGCAUUUGGAACAUGUUAUCUUAUUCUUGUGAAAUCUACUUAACACUUCAGUUCUUCAAGGACGUUCCUGAAACACUGUGUCUCAAUGUUUCAAUAUACCAGCGUGUAAUAGAGGAGUCGCCUCUAUAAGAAUGUUGUUCACCGGUGGGCCUACUUAAUAUUUUUAGCCAGUUGUCUGCCUUUCUGCGACAUCAAGAUACACACAUUUGUUUUACACAAUUCUUUCAAACAUAUUGUAACUAUAUUAUUUGUACAGAGAGACUCCUACGAGACAAGAGAGAAAGUUAUACUUUUGCGUUGUUGUGAUAGAACCGUCUGCGAGCAGCAGUGUCUUCGAUAAUAAAAAAAGUAUUGAAGUUCACCUUCCUGA